AUGACAUUAUAUUUUUUAGCCUUGAAUUUAUUUGAAAAACCUCAUGUGCAGCCUACUUUUGGCUUUCUCUUUGACAUCGAUGGAGUAUUGGUACGAGGAAAGACUCCAAUUCCUGCUGCUAAAGUAGCUUUUCAAAAGCUAGUGAAUUCUCAAGGACGUUUCUUGGUGCCUGUUGUGUUUGUCACCAAUGCAGGGAACUGUCUUCGCCAGAAAAAAGCUGAUCAGUUGUCUCAUAUUCUGGGAGUGCCAAUUUCACAAGACCAGGUCAUGCUGUCUCAUAGUCCUUUGAGAAUGUUCAAACGUUAUCAUGACAAAUGCGUUCUUGUGUCUGGGCAAGGACCACUUCUUGAUAUUGCCAAUUGUUUGGGUUUUUGUCGGCCUGUUACUAUUGAUAUGCUACGGGAGAUGUACCCUUUGCUGGAUAUGGUGGACCAUGACAGAAGGCCUAAAAUUUUGCACUCCCCAGCUGUGGACCUUCCCAAAAUUGAGGCUGUUGUUUUGUUUGGGGAGCCAGUCAGAUGGGAAACAAAUCUCCAGUUGAUUAUAGAUGUUUUGCUGACAAGUGGCUAUCCAGGAAAUCCAUAUCAUCAUGCAAAAUACCCACAUAUACCUGUUCUUGCUUGUAAUAUGGAUCUAAUGUGGGUAGCUGAAGCUCAGUCUCCAAGAUUUGGGCAUGGAACAUUUCUGGUUUGUUUGGAAAACAUUUACAAGAAGAUCACUGGCAAGGAACUGAAAUAUGAGGCUUUGAUGGGCAAACCUAGUGAACUGACCUAUCAUUAUGCAGAGUACCUCAUCAGAACACAAGCAGCAGAAAGACAGUGGAAGAAGCCUAUUCAGUCUCUUUAUGCUAUUGGGGACAAUCUAAUGACUGAUAUCUAUGGUGCUAACCUUUACAGUCGUUACCUUGAAGAAAAGAACUCCAGAAAAGGUUCCAAAGCAUGUGUUCAGGCCAAAGUUGCUGCAGGCACAAGAUCUACUACUGUUUCUCAGGAUGAUGAAAUAAGUAACACUUGGGAAAGUGAACUAGCAUCUGCCACUGCCACUAGUUGUAGAUCUAUUCUUGUCUGUACUGGAGUUUACAAUCCUCAUGCAGAGGUGUCCUCUAAUACUGGGGAGAGUGUAACUGAAGCAGUGUUCCACGGUCACAGAGAUUUUAGAUUUGAUCCUGCCUUGAUUGAACCAGAUCAUAUUGUACCAGAUGUUGAUGCUGCUGUAGACCUGAUCUUCCAACUAGAGAAUUUUGCACCUAAUUGAAAAACCAGAACUCUCUAAGGAUUUCCUAGCUCUGUGCUUCUCUUCCAAAAGCAAACUGGGGCAUGUAGUACAGCACAAACUGUGGCUUCCUAGCACAUUUAACCCUUUAAUUUUAAUACUUUUACCAAAAUACUUCCUAUGUGUUUUAAUAGCACUUCAUUGUCAUCCUAUUCCACCCUUUAUGUGUGUGCGUGUUUUUAAGUUUGUCGUCUUAUAUAAUGUCUUGGGUAACUGUCAUAUUGUGUGUGUGGGGGGGGGGUUGUUUUGUUUUGUUUUUAAUUCUCAUAUGUUUACUUCAUUCCUCUGUUCAUUUGCUGAAGGAGUUAGUCUCUAAUUGGGUGCAUGCAGGAGUUUGAGGAGUGGCAAUUAAGUAGUUCAAAUAACCCAAGUAGAUUUUGGCUGGUGCAGUGCCCUGUACACUUCUCUGGUGCUCCAUAAGUAAUAAGCUUUCCUUCCCAUGGUUUGCCUCAGGUUAAAAGCAAGUAAUGCGUAUCCUUGACUCUCCCUCUCUGUACUUGUCCACUCUGAAUUGUAUAUCUGUAUGUACAUCUCUUUCCACUUAGGCUUGCAACUACAAUUGCUGCCCUUAGCUUUUUAGUUUGCUCGCAGGGAUGCCCAUGAGAGCUAGUGUAAAUGCUUAGUAGCCAGCACCAUUUCUGGUUACUGAAACAGCUGAUCUAAGAGGGAGACUAAACUGGGGUCUUCUGUGUAGUGUACCAGAGCUGACUUUGUUUUUCCAUAGUCUCAGAAAUAUAUGAAAAUGCUAUAAUCCAUAUAACUUUAGUUACGAAUUUUAACUAUAGUCAUAUUGUGAGUACUGUAUUUUUUGCAUAUGAUAUACAUAUUUCCCCUCCAAAAUCAGCCCCCAAAACUGGAGGGCAUCCUAAGUGGGAAAGCUGGUUUCUUCAUUGGAAGAGGAGCACUCUUGGAGACACUAUUGUAUGCCAAGAUAUCUGCCACUUGUCUGGCUCAGCAAACUGAAAGAGUGGAGUCCUGUUAAACCUCUCUCAGCCAUACCUAUUGGCUGAGCACUAUAGAUUGUGCCUGAAGCAGUGAGUGACCUGCUGGUAGUAUCUUGAUGAGGCUUGUGAUGUGGAAACACUUUAUUUACAGGAACUUUAUAAAGAACUAAUUACAAUAAAGAAUUAACAUUAUUGCUGCCCUUGCAAAGGUCUAGGGCAUACGUUUUAGGAAUGUGCCUCUCCCAGACUGUCUCCUGGGAUGCCACACUUCCUGGACACUGUAUUCCCAGGAGGACUAACUUUGUCACACAGUCGGCCAUAAUUCUGAAAAAAUCUUUUUUCCCUACCUUGUGCCAUCCAAAAACAACUUGCCUGUUGUAUGCAAGAAAAUGUGGUAUUUUUUUCAUUCAGCUGAAUUUAUGUGCAAAAUGUAUGCAAGAGCUAUUUGGGCAAAGACUGCCCAGUUUUUUUACUUGAAACUUCAAACCACUGUGUUAACUAACCUGUCUCUGCUUUAAUAUGCAACAGAGUUUGUCUUUUGUUGUGGUACCAUAUGUUUAUCUUAAUGGGUCACUGAUCUUCUACCUGUUUUGGUGUUUAAUUUAUUUUAGUCUGUUAUUGUUUUUAUAAAACGUUUUUUAACAUUUAACACAAAGAGAAUGUCUUCUGAAAUACUCUGCCUUAAUCUGUUACAGCAUGGUGGGAAGUGUACUUACAGAACAGGCUUUGUACCUGUCCUAAAAUAGCUAACCUAACUAUAGCAGAGGUUGCACCAAUGGGACAGAAACCUCAGUUUAAGUUCUUUUGUCACUUCAUGCCCAUGGAAUCUGUGGCUUGGAAGUUAACACAAAUAAAUACCAGAGUCAGCAUCGGUUGCUAAGCUCUUUGUACAAAUGAAACACUGUAUAGACUAGCAGGUGAGAGGAACCAAAAAAUCUUAAAUAUUAAGUGAAAGAGCCCUGGGUGCUUUCCACUUUAUUUCACUAGCACCAUAAUUUUUUUAAAAAAAUCUAACAAAGUAAA